GAAAGGUGUCGCUCUUACAAAGGUGCUCGCACUCCUUCCUCUGCAUUUACGCUCCUUCUGGACUCCAAAGGCUGAUUCUGAGGAUGUAACGACGAGAAAAACACAUUUAUUCUUUGCAGAGCCGCUGGUGUGAAACUUUAACGCGUUUGAUAUUCUCAUCUUCGUCACGAGACUCGAAACUUUCUGUGUUUUUGUCAGAGGAUUUGUUGUGAAGAUGUUGUCUUUAUAUUCUCCUGUCGUCCUGCUUUCUUCUGUGAGUGUGUGUGUGCUGAUGGUCAGGGCUGAUCCGGUUCUUCUGGAUCAGAGUUCCAGGUGUGACUCCAGACUCAAACAGCUUCACGGACAGCAGGUGACCGUCCACCAGCCGCCCAACGUCACCGGACACUGGGUGUCCAACAGCUGCGAGGUGCGUCCCGGCCCGGAGUUCGUCACGCGCUCCUACCGCUUCUACCCCGACGGCACCUUCCGGGCGCUGCAGUUCUACUACGAGGACCAGCACUGCAGCGAGCCCAGCUACAGCCUGCUGAUCGGGGGCAGCGUGCGGCCGCUGCAGGCCUCCUGGCUGGUGCGCGGAGGAACCGCGUGCGAGUACCACCUGAGCCGCGUUCAGCUGCUGUGCCACGGGCCCGCGGCGGCGGCGCUCGUCCGGCCGCUCCUGCGAACGGGCUGCGACCCGCGGCGGCCGCUGCGGCCCGGCCUGACGUACGAGCUGUGGGACGAGCGGUGGGCGGCGGCGGGUCGCGACUGCACCCGCGGCUUAGACUUCGGCAUGCAGGAGCUGCGGCUGAUGCGGCUGGAGCGGCGCCGUCGCCAUGACGACCCCGGCGGACGGGCGGAGGAGCUGUUCCUGGGAGACGUUCACACGGAGCGCGCUCAGAGGAGACUCCACCGGCCCGCGGGCUACCAGACCCCCCUGCGGAGCGCCAAGGCGGAGCGCUGUGAAAUCUGUCAGAUCGUGUCUUCGGCCGAUCUUCAUCAUCCUCCGGUGCUGCCGGUCCAGCCCGACCGUCCGGUGCGUCUCCACGGAAACUGGGUGAGCACGCGGUGCGAGGUGCGUCCGGGCGUCCUCUUCCUCACCCGACACCUGACCUUCGACGAGGACGACCGGACCUGGGCGGGACGGUACGAGCACUUCUCCGACCCCGUCUGCCGUCACCCCACCUUCAGCCUCUCGGCCAGCGGACGCUACAGCCGCGGAGAUCCGUCCGCCACCGUCGGGGGCGCCGUCGAGUUCAUCUUCACCGUGACCCACAUGGCGGUGACGCCCAUGGAUGUGGCCACCACGUCUCUGCUGAACGUGCUCAGAGGGCGCGAGUGCGGCGCCGAGGGCUCGUGGAAGCUGGGCGUCGAGCAGGACGUGACCUCGACCUCGGGUUGCGCGGCGCUGGGCGUCCGUCUGCCUCACACCGAGUACGAGCUCUUCAGCGCGGGCCAGGACCCGUCCGGACACGACCUCCUCUACAACGGCCAGAGACCCACCAACGGCUCCAGUCCGGACCGGCCCGACCGACGGGCCACGUCUUUCCAGCCGCCGCUGAUCCGCUGCAGCGGCGGGCAGAAGAGCGAGCGGCGCGUGGGGCGAGAGGGAGACCAGCACUUCAGACUGAGCGCCGGCUGCGGCUCAAACGCGCUGGACGCUGGACUCGUGGCGUUGAUCCUGCUGCACGCCUUCAUGUAGCCGGAGGGAGCGAUCGCGUCCGCAGACUCUCGGUCGGCCAGUUUAUCACCGUUUGCACUAGCUCAUGUUUUAGGAACAAAAUGUGCCCAAACAAACAAGAAGUGAGCAUCUAACAGACUCAAAAGGGAAAGAUUCAUUCAUUGUGUUGUUAAUGAAGCGUGAUUUGACGUGUCGGUUCAGACAGCUUGUGAAGGUGGUGACACAUGCAUGCGCUCUAAUGUAGUUCCUGUUCAUCCUGUGUGGCGUCACAUUCACUGGAGCUCAUCGUACAUUAUUCAUCAGCAAUUACAGUUCAAAUAAUGCCACGCUCUCUACAUUCACAGACGCUCCAGAGCUGCUGAUUUCAUCCAGAAUCGCUGUAAAUAUCCCAGCCGCCUGUCAGUAAAUAUGGGAUUGCAUUUUAGAGCAGAGGACCUGAUUGAAACCUUGUCUCAUGAUGCCCAAACAAAUGAACGUAAACCUUUGACUCCUGCAGAUCAGGGUUAAUAUUGUGAACCAAAACCGUUUAAAAAGACUUGAAAUAGAAGUUAACUAAAAAAUUUUUUUUUUUAUUUCUGCUAGUUGCCAAGGCAACAUGUAUCAGUUUCAUAGUUUUACAUGAUGUACUAAAAUGAAGUAAGUUGAAAUAAGAAAUGUUUAAAAAUGAUAAAAUUAUAAUUAAUUUUUUAAUUUAAAAAAAAAUUAAAAUGAAAACAGAAAAUAUAUAUAAAGACCUCAUUCACAAUAUUAAUGAAAAAUAAGUUAACUGAAAAUAUAUUUAAAAAAACAAAACAUUUUUUAUUUCUGCUACUUUCCAAGGCGACAUGUAUCAGUUUCAUAGUUUUACUUGAUGUACUAAAAUAAAGUUGAAAUACAAAUGUUUAAAAAUUAUAUGGACAUUACAAAAAAAAAAACAAUAUUACAUUUUUUAUUUUAAAAUUAAAAUGAGAACAGAAAAAAUAUGUAAAGACCUAAUUAACCAUAUUAAUGAAAAAUAAAAGUUAACUGAAAAUAUAUAUUUAAUAAAAAAAAAAUUCUUCUAUGUAUCAUUCAUGUAUCAUUUUCAUAGUUUAACAAUGUACUAAAAUAAAGUUGAAAUAAAAAUGUUUACAAAUUCUAUGGACAUUACCAAAAAAAUGUAAUUAUAAUUUUUUUUUUUUUUUUUUUAAAUUAAAAUGAGAGCAGAAAAUAUUUACAAAGACCUAAUUGACAAUAUUAAUGCAAACGAAAAUAAUAUUUCAAAAUGGUUUGGAAGUCAUUUUUAAAGAAUAACGGACAAUUUGUCGUCACAUUUAUUUAUUGCGUUGGAUUCGGCACACAUGAUCAACGCAGAG